AUGGCGGACGAAGACAAGGAAAAGGCCGAGAAGCUCGCUGCGGCGAAGAAGCGCUUCGAGCAAUUGAAGAAGCAACAAAAAGGCAAGAAGGGCGGCGCGAAGAAGAAAGAAAAGGCGGAAGCCGCCGACGCCGACGCUUCUGCAGCAGCUGCCGCCGACAGCAAGGGAGACGACGCGCCCGACGAGCCCAAGGCCGAAGCCGACGCCGCAGCAGAUGACGAGCAGCAACCCGCCGACGCACCCACCGAAUCACCACCCCCCGCCGAAGGAGAGACAAAGGGAGAGGAGCAGGAGAGCAAAGAUGGCAGCGCAGAGUCCGGUGACGCUGAGAAGCCCGCGGCAACGACGCGGUCGGGCCAUGGCCGCCAGCCGUCGAUAUCGGUGCAGUCGAAGCUGCGGUCAGACUCAUUCCGGCGCGGAUCAUCGGCGGCGGCCAUGGGCUCGCCCUCGGCGCUGAAGUCGCCGGGCCUGCCGCUCAGCCCGGGUGAUGACGUGCAGGACAUCUACCGCAAGCAGGUGCUGCGGAUCGAGGAACUGGAGAAGGAGAAUAAGCGGCUGCAGACCGAGUCGCAGGAUGCCGAGACGCGGUGGAAGAAGACAGAGGAGGAGCUCGAGGAGCUGCGCGAGGCCAACAACGAGGUCGCGGAGCUGAAGGCCAAGGCGGAUCAGGUCGAGGCCAAGUCCAAGGAGGUUGACACGCUGCGGACGGAAAUCACCAGCCUUCAACGCCAGAACGCACAGCUCCAGACCCAAACCAAGCAGAACCGCCGCGUCUCGAGCGCCUCGCCCUCCAACGACGAUCUAGCUUCGCAGCUCGCCUCGAAAUCCAGCACCAUCGAGUCCCUCGAGCUCGAAGUCUCCAACCUCCACGCGCAGCUCACGCAAGCCUCGACUGCCGCCGCGAGCCAAGAAGACAAGAUCACCUCGCUGCAAGACCAACUCUCCAAAGCCGAGCAGGCGGCCUCCGCCUCCGCACAGGAGCUCUCCGACCUCAAGGCCAACCUCGAAAAGGCGGCAGAGAGCGCGGCCAAGGAGGGCGACUCGCGCUCCUCCGCCGAGACACGCAUCGCGCAGCUCGAGGCCGAGCUGGCCGCCGCACAGCGCGCCGCCGCCGACGCGGGCAAGCGGGCGGAGACGCUCGAGAAGAAGGCCGAAACGCUGGCAACGCUGCACCGCGAGUCAGACGCCCGCAGCCAGGCCAAGCUCCGCGAGGCCGAGAAGGUCGAGCGCGAAGCCAAGGAGCUGCGCGCCGAGGUCGCCCGCCUCAAGCAAGAAGCCUCGCACGGCGCCGAGGACGGCCUCGACGAGCUGGAGGACGAGGAGCGCUCCAAGCUGCGCGCCCGCAUCCGCGCGCUCGAGGAGGAAAACACGGACCUGCGCCGCGGCAUCUGGCGCGACCACCGCGCCGCCAUGCAGCCCGGCAUGGACGACGGCCACCCCAGCAGCGGCUUCGACGACGUCGACCUGUCCAGCGCCACCAGCCUCUCGCGCGGGCCCAGCCAGUCGCACCGCGCCGCCGGCCACCACGGCGGCGGUUCUUCGUUCCAGGACGUCAUCAACAGCGGCAUCAGCGCCUUCACCGGCUCCACCCCGCGCCGCAGCUCCUCCCAUACGGCUCGCGCCGGCGGCGCCCCGCGCAAGCAGAGCAUCGGCCUGCUCAGCGACGACGGCGACGACUUCGCCUUCGACGAGGACGCGUUCCGCCUCGCGCAGGAGGAGGAGGCGCGGAAGCGCAUCGAGCGCGUCAAGGAGGUCAAGAGGGGGCUGGAGAACUUCCGCGGGUGGAGGGUCGAUAUCGUGGACAUGAGGGUCGGCAUGGGCGGCGUUGUGGAUGUGUAA